CAGCUCAGCGGGCUCAUCUCUCUCUCUCCUCACCGCGCUGCACAGCACCUUAUACGGCUCGCCGGGGCACCCCCAGUCCUCAGAAACGCAUUCGGGGACGACCCUCACCCACUUCCACUCCAAGUAUGCCCUGCUCCUGAGCGGACGCCAAACCCAUCUCCUUCAGUCCCAUUUGACGAUGGGCAGCCCCGGCGGCAACGACAGCGUCCCCCGCAACGGCUCGGACCCGUUUGCUCGCAACGAGGACGUCGCGCAGAUGGAGAUCCUGGUGCUGAGCGUCACCUUCGUGGUGGCCGUCGUGGGCAACGUGAGCGUCCUGCUGGCCAUGCACAACACCAAGAGGAAGAUGUCGCGCGUGCACCUCUUCAUCCGCCACCUGAGCCUGGCCGACCUGGUGGUGGCCUUCUUCCAGGUUCUGCCUCAGCUGUGCUGGGACAUCACGUUCCGCUUCUACGGGCCGGACUUCCUGUGCCGGAUCGUCAAGCACCUGCAGGUGACCGGCAUGUUCGCGUCCACCUACAUGAUGGUCAUGAUGACCGUGGACCGCUACAUCGCCAUCUGCCACCCGCUCAAGACGCUGCAGCAGCCCACGCGGCGCUCGUGCGUCAUGAUCGUGUCGACGUGGACGUGCAGCCUAGUGCUGAGCGCGCCGCAGGUGUUCAUCUUCUCCCUGAGCGAGAUCCAGAACGGCACCGGCGUCCGGGACUGCUGGGCGCACUUCAUCGAGCCGUGGGGGGCGCGCGCCUACAUCACCUGGAUCACCGUGGGCAUCUUCCUGGUGCCCGUGGUCAUCCUGGUGGUGUGCUACGGCUUCAUCUGCCACAGCAUCUGGAGGAACAUCAAGUACAAGAAGAGGAAGCGCGCGGGCAACAAGGACGGGCUCAUCGGCAAGAACUCUGUCAGCAGCAUCACCACCAUCUCCAGGGCCAAGCUGAGGACCGUCAAGAUGACCUUCGUCAUUGUGCUCGCCUACAUCGUGUGCUGGGCGCCCUUCUUCACCGUGCAAAUGUGGUCAGUGUGGGAUGACAAGCUCCGGUUCACCGAUUCCGAGAAUACGGCGGUUACUCUGACGGCGCUGCUGGCCAGCCUGAACAGCUGCUGCAACCCGUGGAUCUACAUGAUCUUCAGCGGCCACCUCCUGCAGGACUUUGUGCACUGCCUGCCCUGCUGCCAGCGAAUGAACACCGACUUCCGCAAGGAGGACUCAGACAGCAGCCUGCGGAGGACCACGCUGCUCACCAAGGCCACCAAUCGGAGCCCCACUGGCAGUUCCGGCAACUGGAAGGAGCUGGACAAUUACCCCAAAUCCUCCGCUCAGGCCGAAUAAAUGUGCAGCCUGGCAACUGCUUACUGGCCUGUGGAAUGGAAAAUGGAAAGUACACAUACAGUACAUUGCAAGCACAUCCAACCGUCGUGAGUGGAAAUAAGGACACUCUAAAAAUGAUGUUCCAGCUGGAUUGUGUGUGCCUACAUUUGUCCCAAAGGCUCACAGGGAUUUUGAAGACAAUCGGGGAGGAAACAACACAAAAGGCAGACAUAAUUAAUGUACCAUUGGUGACAUAUCUCCACGGGGCCAUGGCUUUUUAAGUUGUUCUGUUGAAUGUAGCCGUCUCACAUGAAAGUUCAAGAGUGCAUGUCAGAGAGCAAUGGCAUCCCAUCUGCAUUGUGUAAAUGCUACAAGAUACAACCAUUCCCAAUAAUGCUAUUGUGCAUCAAAAGAAGCAAGUGUUUUUCUUAUUAUUGUGUGAAUGCUGAGAGAUGUGAACCCCCACUCUUUGGGGGACACGGAUCAAGCAAAACACUAAAGAGAGAGAAUAUCAUAAGGCAUCAACACCAUGCUUGUAGCAUGUACACAAUCAUGAACCUAUGUUACAUAAACGACUGUACAUAACCACUCGUACACUAUGCUGACCCCUGUUACCUUCCUUAAACAACAAUUUGUUCGGGAUGGAAGCACGAUCAUUCUUUCUCUCAGCCCAAAGACUUGUGAAUUAUCGUACUUUUUCCCCACAAGACCACCCCAAAUUGUUUUUGCAAAUCCUCUACGUUAUCCACAUGCUAUGAUAUGUGAUGGUAUAUAUGGUGGCAGAUAGUUUAUCAGCGGCCUUCAUUUCUUUCAUUCAAUCGCAUUUGGACUCCCAGGGAGCUAAACAACUAAAUAUGUGGCUUUUUAGGACCAAUGGGCUAGAUAAUGUGUGGUUUGUUUGAAUCAUAUGUAUUUUGUGUUCAUGGUGUGAUCUUUUAAAUUCCUUUAAGAAAAAGUUAUGUUUUAGAACUGAUACGUGGUUGGGCCGAGUAAACUAGUCGCUCACACGUUCCAAAGAAAUCUGUUUGUGAUUCUUUCUUUACAUUUUCAAAUGGCAAUUGAAAAUCAAAACAUGAAAAAGUUACCAAUUAUUUGAAAUGCCAAUUGAAAUGGAAGAAUGAAUGAUACACAGAUUUGUUUGGACCCUGUGAGCUUUUUCUUCACUUGGCCCAAACACGUUGCUGUGGUUGCAAUUUUCAGUAUCGCCACAGUGAGUCACUCACAUGAUUUGUUUGGCAGUUUAUCUGUAUCGGUUCUUUAACAUUGGACUAUCUUGAAGGGAAUUAGAAGGUGAGAUUGUGUAAAGGCAGUGGAAAUGAUGUCAUGGCAUUGCCUUAAAGCACUCACAGAUUGCUUUAUUUGGCCAUUUCACUCAGCGACAGCACCUCAGCAUUCAGACGCGACUGCUGAGGGAAUUGCAUGUUCGGGUUGCUUAUAGAAAGCUGAAUUUCUCGAAUCAGUGGUAAUUAUAUCCCAUAGCAGCGCAGGGCAACCCAACCCCCUUUUUCCUGUCCAUGUUUUUACAAAGAUAAAACCUCCACGGCGACCCCGAGGUGUUGAAAAGAACUAAUGGAAUUUGGACUGUACAGCGAAGAACCCACAUCAUCCGUCUUAUUGAUCAGCCAGCCUCUAUUUAGAUGUACUUUUAUGUCUUUUUAAGUGGAUCAUAUGAGGAAAGCCUUUGACUGCUCUGCGCUUUUGAUUUACACUUCGGCCCCAUUUUUUGAGCUUGCUCAAAGUCCUGUUUCAUGUUGUGUCAGGUGGGCGCUCGCUUGCACGACUCCCGCAAGGACGGUUCUCAUCUGGCUUCAAGCGUCCGGAAGCCCUUUGAAAAUGCCAAACGUUCGUCAAGAUGCUUUGAUGCGCUGAGCUAGGCCGCCGUUCGGAGGAGCCGGCACACCUCCUGACCUCUGCGUAUCCCUCUCGUGGCCUCCUCGGUAGAGGCUCACACAUUCCUCACACACCACGUCAGCUUUAUUCUCUUCUGGCGUCUUGCGCUGAUG